AUGUUUCUACUUAUUGGUCUUGGUAUAUUAGUAUACAUCAUCUAUCGUUUAUAUCAACACAUUUUUACCAUAAUGAAUAUCAAUCCACAUAACAGAUAUGUCUUCAUAAGUGGUUGUGAUACAGGUAUUGGUCAUGCAUUAGCAAUUGAACUCGAUAAACAAGGUUUUAAUGUAUUCGCCGGUGUAUAUAUACCUGAUAAUAUAACUUCAUUGAAAGCUAUACUCUCACUAAAAGCUACAAUCUUUCAUUUAGAUAUUACAAAAGAAGAAGAUAUCAAUGCUGCAUUUGAAUUAGUACAGAAAAAAACUAAUACCCUUCAUGCACUUAUAAAUAAUGCUGGUAUUAUAACACAUGGCUACAUAGAUUGGACUUCAUUAGAACUAAUGCGUAAAAUAAUGAAUGUAAAUUUUUUUGGACAUGUUGCAAUGACAAAAAAAUUUCUACCAUUGCUUAUAACAAAACGUCAGUCUCGUGUAGUGAAUAUUUGUUCAGCUACUGGUUUCUUUGCUAUUCCAAAUACAUGUGCUUAUUCAGCAUCGAAAUAUGCUUUGGAAUCAUUUUCGGAUUGUCUUCGUCGAGAAAUGGCUCCAUGGGAUUUACAUAUCAGUAUCAUUGAACCUGGUGCUCUACGAACGCCUAUGAAUGAAGGUUAUGCAAAUAUUUUGGAAAAUCUAUGGAAUGAACUUUCAAUUGAUAUUCAAGAACGAUGGGGAAUCGAUUUUUUAAAUAAUUUAAUCUCUCAAGGAAUCGAUAGUCCAGUUAUGAAACAUCCUGAUAAUCCAAAGUAUGUAGUACGAGCUGUUCAGCAUGCUGUUAUGAAUAUAAAUCCUUGUAUUCGUUAUCGACCAGGUUGGCAAGCCAAACUGUUUUUUAUUACAUUAUAUUUGCCGCCUACUUGGUUAAUUGAUAAACUUCUAGCUAAAAUCUAUUGUUUUAUUCCUGCUGGCGUGCGAAAUCAACAUCUGAACUAA